UACAAACAAAACAUUGUAUAUAUAAACGGGGAAACAAAGAGUUAAUCUGCUAAGUUACAACCAUAUUCCUUCACUCUCCAAUCUUUUUAAGAAUCCAAAAAUGCCGGAGGAGACAGUUGAUUUCAAGAUGGAUGUUUCUGAUGAAAACAUCAAACGGGAAGCUAUGAAAAUUGUCUGGAUGUUUUCAGGAGUUACUUUCGUAGACAUCAAGGAAAAAGGUAUACUAAAGGUCAGGGGAAAAUUUGAUAAGAUUGAAAUUGGGAGGAAACUACAUGAGCUAGAUAAAUCUGUUGACAUAAUCAACCCAUUGGGAAAACCGGGGCAAUAUCGCAUUCCGAGUUUAACUACAGUCUACAGUUAUUUUACCCCAAAAAUACAGGAGGUAGUUGUAUUCAAGUUUAAAGUUCUUGAUGAAAAACUGAAACGUGAUGCUAUGAAAGUUAUCUGGGAGUUUUCAGGAAUUACUUCGGUUGAGGUGAAGAGAGUUGAUCGACUAGAAGUGAAGGGAGGAGAAUUUAACAAAAUCGCAAUGUCGACGAAGCUAAAGGGCAUAGAUGAAUCUGUUAGCGUUUUUAUCAAGGCUGGACCAGAUGGACAAGUUGAUGUGACAAACUUUAACACCAACUCUCUGCGAACAACUUUACGUGUUCCUGCCCCUGUACCUAUUCGUGUGCCUGCCCCUGCGCCUCCGCCUGCUCCUGCUCCUGAGCCUGUGUCUGCUUAUGCGCACAAGCGUCUUCAUGUGCCUGUUAAAACUUCAAUUUGGACAAGGUGCUUUCGACCAAUUUCCCGGCGACUUUGUCCAUGAAAUCAGUCUUCGGAAUGACGGGAUAUUGGAGUCAUUGAAUUCCUUGUAAUGAACAUUAUAGCUUAUUUACAUGUCAAAAUCAAAGUCAAAUUCAAUGAGAUAUGCAUGUAAAAAAUGGCUAGAUUGAGAAGCUAAUAAAACUUUCAAAAAUUGACUAA